CAGCUGUCUGCUGCGAGGGACGCUGGACGCAGAAACAACGAGCUCGUGUUGAACACAGAAAAUCUGUUGACUGGUGACGCUCUCGAAUUCCUUUCAGAAAUGUACCGACCGGCCUUGGUGGCACUUGCGGUGCUGCUCUGCUCUUCACUCUUGGUAAAUGGAGGGAAAGUCUUGGUGUUCCCUGUGGAUGGAAGCCACUGGAUCAACAUGAAAGUCAUUGUUGAGGAGCUUCACACCAGAGGCCAUGAAAUCACAGUCAUGCGGUCAUUAGACAGCUGGUACAUCAAGCCCGAGUCCCCCUUCUACAAGUCCAUCACAGUAAAUUCCUCUGCUGGUUUUGAUGAGGAAAGCUUUGGGUUAUUUGUAGACACAAUGAUAAACAUGCAGCGGAAUGGUGCUUCGAUUUGGGCUCGUAUAUCUCUGGAGUAUGAACUAGUGGAACAGUUCUAUCAGAUGAAUAAGCAGAUGAUUGAGAUGAUGGGGGAGAUGUUUGAGAAUACCACACUGAUGCAAAGCCUCCGCGACGCCAAAUAUGAUUUGGUUCUGACAGACCCUGCCAUUGGUGCAGGGGUACUUCUUUGUCACCGUUUGGGUCUCCCACUUGUCUUAAAUGUGAGAUGGACUAUUCAGGGUGAGGGGCAUCAAGCUAUUGCACCUUCCCCAAUGUCAUAUGUCCCAAUACCAGGGGCAGAGCUGACUGACAAGAUGACAUUUUCAGAGCGGGUCAAGAACUUAGGUUACUAUUUCUUCACACAUUUUCAAAGUUGGUAUGUCACAGAUUCAAACUACAAACCAUUCGUCCGUCGUUACUUUGGAAAUGAUGUGCAUUACAUGGAGCUGUUUCAGGCAGCAGACAUCUGGUUGAUGAGGAAUGAUUUCACCUUUGAGUUUCCACGACCCACAAUGCCAAACAUCGUCUACAUGUCAGGAUUUCAGUGCAAACCCUCCAAGCCCCUGUCUAAGGAACUAGAGGACUUUGUCCAGAGCUCUGGUGAACAUGGCGUUAUUAUUAUGACAUUGGGAACAUUGGUGGCAAAGCUUCCUGAGGACAUCGCUGAGGACAUUGCCGCUGCUUUCGCCCAACUUCCUCAGAAGGUGAUCUGGAAGCACAAAGGCAAAAGACCAUCCACCCUCGGCAACAACACGUUACUCUUAGACUGGCUGCCUCAAAACGACCUCCUGGGUCACCCAAAGACCAGAGUGUUUGUAGCCCACGGAGGUACCAACGGAAUCCAGGAGGCCAUCUACCACGGUGUCCCCCUGGUCGGCCUGCCCCUCAUGUUCGACCAGCCUGACAACUUCUUCAGGAUGAAAGCAAGAGGUGUGGCCAAAGUCCUGGACAUUGCAACUGUGAACAAAGACAUCUUCCUGGAGGCUCUGAAAGAGGUGCUCUAUGAGCCAACCUACAGGGAGAAGAUGAAGACGCUGUCCAGCCUGCAUAGAGACCAGCCCAUGAAACCACUGGACCGGGCCAUGUUCUGGAUCGAGUUCGUCAUGAGGCACAAAGGAGCGGCACAUCUAAGGACGGAGUCCUACAAGAUGUCCAUGAUCCAGUACCACUCCAUUGAUGUGGUGGCGUUCCUGCUGGCAGUUAUUUUGCUUGUAUUAACUGUUUUUGUUUUUGCAGUUAAGUUGUUUUGGCGAAAAGUGUUUUCUAGAAGCAAAGUGAAAAAGGAAUGAUGAAUAUUCUGCUAAAUAGUUUACUGGAUCCUGAUUUUUCGCCAAAAUAUCAAGAAACAAUCCUAAACUGUUCUGUUUGUUGAGCAGGACACAGUGUUUCAUUGGUAUCCUUACAUGCCUCAGAGAGUGAUGAAUUUACUUACGAACCUCGUAUUAUCUAAUGACUUCAGCCAAAGAGGUCAAGUUUACGCUCUUUGUUUGUUUGUGUGUUUGUCGAAUAGCAGAAUACCUCAAAAAUCGAUAAAUGGUUUACUAUACAAUCUGGUUUUAGGUUGGACCUUAUGUCAGCGAUCAGUUUUUAGUCAAUAGACAGGAGUUUUUUGCAAGAUUUCUUGCAGGCUUUUUGAAGAAAUAAAAAUAAUUUUCAUUAACUGCUGCACUUAUUUGAAUGUAAUGAAAUAAGGUUAAUUUUAUAGAAAACUCAAACAUUUAUCUCAUGAUUUUAUAUCUCUAUGGCUGGGCAAUGACUCAAUAUUGUUUAUGUUUUUCAGUGAUGAUAUGAUGUUGUCAUGUAAAUCGUUCUACAAAUUCAUGAUUUU